ACUGUCUACGAAAGAGUAGUUGAGAUUAUUUUUCUUGAGCAGGAGUUUAACAACUGCAGUCUACAUUAGCAGUUUCACGGUGGAAGUUAAUGUUAGGGGUUAGUGUGGUCAGCAUGCAGUAUAAACGGUUAAGAUUAAGAGUUGUCAUUAAUGUGUAGUAUAGAUGGGUGGUGAUGCCUGCUGUGAAACUAUAGGUGUAGACUUGGGUGUGACUCUGCAGUGGGGUGCUUCUCCUUCCAGCAGCAACUCAAACUUUUCCUAGAUGUUCCUCUGCAGCCUGGAGACUCCACCUUGGAGCUCCAAGUAGGUGGAGUUAACUCCAAUGGGUGCCAAUAGAGUCUUGCUGCGCUCUGCCAGGUUUUACUAUGGUUAAGAUUAGGCUUGUGGGAGGCAAGCCCAGGUUAAGCACCCCACGGGCCCCUAGGUGACCUAGCUUCUUAAGAGAGUUUAUCAUACCAUUAACAAUGCAGUGUGCAGUUACUCUGUAGUUUAAUGCUCCCAUCUGAUUUGAUUGUUUCAUCAAGCUGUCUCCCUUAAUCAUUUUGGGAGUCUACAUUGUUUUUAUGAGCUGGGCUGGACAUUUCGAUACUCGAUCGUUUCAUUGUGCUAGGGGCGAGGCAGGUGGAUUGGUGAAAAGGCCCUUUACUGUCACGGGGCCCUGGGCGCGCACCCAGAAUGCCCUGUUGGUUUAUCCACCCUAGGAGGGAUACCUGACUGAAAUAACGACGACUGUCCACUCGCUCAAACAUGCUUAGCGGCAGGUGGAUUACAUGUUAUUAUGUGCAGGCACUCAGCUGCUAAACCUGGGCAUGCUGCAAGCCUACAAUUAAAAGAGAAAUGUAAUUUUACUUAAUUAAAUCUAUUUAAGCUCCUUCUGCUCUCAUCAAUGUUGACAUUGUUUGUAAAUAAAAUAUUUCACGUUUUAUCCGUUUUUGAAGUGCAGACGUAAAAGUUUCACUUCGGAAACCUCACGUCCGAGAUAAAGAGUCUCCACUACCUCAGCCAGCCUGCUCAGUGCGCGGGACCCGAGCUGCACUGCUGUUUCUUCGUGUUGUUUGCUACGUCUCGUUCGCAGCGUGGCUUUGAAGUGACAAUACAGCUAACCAACGAGCCAAACAGAAGACGAACGUCUCGCAACGCGCUAGCCAAUAGCAGUGCGAAGGAGGGAAGUGGGCGGGUUUCCGCGCUCUCUCUUGCGCACGGCUGCGUGGCUUUACCCGAAGAAGAAGUCAAUUCUGGAAGCCAUUACGCUGCGUAUUUUUAUAGAGUAAAAUCUUAACUAUUUUUACGCAUAAUACGUACACCUAAAAAAAAUAAAUAAAUAAAAUCGCAAGACUUUUCAAAUAACAAAACAAGCAUGGCAUCUCAAGCCAAGAAAAGAAAAAUGAAUUUUUCCGAAAGGGAGGUGGAGAUUAUAGUGGAGGAAAUGGAGAAACAGAAGCAUAUACUGGUUAACCACUUCAACGCCGGAGUCGCACACAUUGCGAAAAACAACGCCUGGCUCGAGAUCCUCAAAAGGGUUAACGCCGUCACCACCUGCCAGCGGGAGUUAGCUGAGGUCAAAAAGAAGUGGUCCGAUUUAAAGACCGAAGUCCGGCGGAAGGUGGCCCAAGCCCGGGCGGCCAUGGAUGGUUCGGCUGACUGCAGUUCGGUGCCGGUGAUCCUCACUGCCAUGCAGCAGCGCAUCUGCAACUUACUGGGCGAAGCCACCAUCAUCAGCAUACCCGCCGGGGAAGGAGGCACCGAGAUUACAGUGCCGGUGCCAAUUACGGCCGGCACCACCGUCACGCUCGCCCAAACUGAGACGACGUACCACACAUUGGAGGAGGGAGUCGUCGAGUAUUGCACGAAUGAGACGCCCACGACGGUGGCCGCUGCCGACACGCCAGUCGAGGUGAUCUCCUCCCAAGGCGACUGCUCCAUUAAACCACAGGAGCUGAAGAGCAGGAUAGCCCUCAAUUCUGCCAAGCUUCUCCAGGAGCAAAAAGUGACCAACCUGCACGUGAGGGAGAUCGCUCAGCAUCUCGAGAACCAGAACGAUCUGUUACAAAUGAUCCGCAGGUCCCAGGAGGCGCAGGCCUGUGCACAGGAACGGCAGGCGCAGGCGCUGGAGGGAAUGCAGGCCGCCCUGAUCGCCCUCAUACAGAUGAUGCGUCCGGCGCUGAAGGACGUGCGCAAGUUCCUCCAGAACAACCCCAACAGCUCCGCAUCGGCCAGCAGCAUGGAAACUGAGCUGGCUUUGAAAAACGAUUAUUCGAGCAGCUCUCAGUAGUCAAAGAGGAGCCGGCGUAGAUGGCCGUCCUGCAUUUGAAAGACUCCAGGAGUGACAUGCCGCAAUGGAGGAAGUCAGCAGUAUGGGCUUGUUCUGCUGAUCGAGCGAGGAGAGCUGUCUUUUUUGUUUCUUCAUGAUGCCUUCAUGUGCAGCCCAUUUGAAAAAUGGAAGCUAAGCCAGCUUUUUGGGUAAGAAAAUGAGAAAACUGAAAGUGUAAUUUGCACUUAGAUUGCGAUGUACUCGGAGUAAAAUGCAAUUUACUGUUGGACAGCUGAUGAGCAAACCAGGAACACAACUGCAGCCACCCUGUCAGGUUCUGUUCUUUUUUUAUGUUAAGUUUGGAUGUUCAAGGAAGUAAAAUCCUUCUGUUUUUUGUUUUUUUUUAUCACUUUUAAAUCAGACUUUUCUUAGUGGGCCAGCUGUCCACCUUCAAUAAACUGCAUAAAUUGAA